AUGUCUGAGGAAAAUAAUUCGGCAGAGCCAGAAGUUCACCCUGAAAGUGAAGAAUGUCCCGGAGAAGAUUCAUUUGGCUUUGGAGAUGAUCUGGAGCUUAACCGGUUCGACGGAUUGCCCUUUUCCUCACGGUACUACAAAUUACUAAAAGAGAGGAAAGCUCUGCCGGUGUGGAAGGUCAGGUGCCAGUUUGAGGAUGUUCUGGUCGACAACCAGCUGGUUAUUGUGUCUGGGACAGCCAAGACUGGGAGGAGUACGCAGAUCCCUCAGUGGUGCGCCGAGUUCUGCCUGUCGGCCCAGUACCAGCACGGCAUGGUGGUGUGCACGCAGACCAACAGGCAGCAGGCCGUGGAUCUGGCCUUACGCGUGGCUGACGAAAUGGAUGUCAACAUAGGCCAUGAAGUGGGUUACACCAUCCCCCUGGAGACCUGCUGCUCAUCCGACACCGUUUUGAGGUACUGCACCGACGAUAUGCUGCUGAGGGAGAUGAUGUCAGACCCUUUCCUGGAGCACUACGGGGUCAUUAUCAUCGACCAGGCCCACGAGAGGACGGUCAGCACCGACAUACUGCUGGGUCUCCUCAAGGACAUCUUGCUGCAGAGGCCCGAGCUCAGGGUGGUGGUCCUCACUGUCCCGCCAAUGACUGACAAGCUGCUCAAGCACUACGGCAGCAUCCCGCUCAUCAGCCUGGAGGCCUCGUGCCCUGCCGAGGUGGUCCACAGCAACAGCAGCAACAAGGACUACUUCUACUCAGCGCUGAGGCUGGUGCUGGAGAUCCAUCGAACCAAAGAGGGUGGAGAUGUUGUCGUGUUUUUUGCCUCAGCGGAGGAGGUCCACUGUGCCUCCAGCAUCCUCCAGAGAGAAGGCACCAGGCUGGGAGGGGAGCUGGACCAGCUGGUGCCCAUAGUCCUGUGCCCGGGCCCAGGAGGGCUGGUGCCGGUCCUGACCGAGCAAUCGGGCUCCACGAAGUCCAGGAGGGUUUAUCUCUCCACCCAGCACGGGGAGGACGUGUGGUGGGACACGGAGUCGGUCAACUUUGUUAUCGACACGGGAGUCCAGAAAAAAAUGGUGUACAAUCCCAGAGUAAGAGCUUUCUCUGAGGUCCUUCAAGCCAUCAGUCAGUGUCAGGCAGACAUACGCAAGCAGCUGUCUGGACCAACAGGUAAAUGUUUCUGCCUGUAUCCGGAGGCGGGCCCUGCAGAAAGCUCCCCGCAGAUCCUGGAGUCCAACAUCACCCCAACAGUGCUCUUCCUGAAGCGGGUGGAGAUAGCCGGGCUGGGGCAGUGCAAUUUCAUCGACAGACCAGAUCCUGAGGGUCUCAUGCAGGCGCUGGAGGAGCUGGACUACCUCGCAGCGUUGGACGACGACGGCAACUUGUCAGAAAUCGGCAUCAUAAUGUCUGAAAUCCCUCUGGAGCCUCAGAUGGCCAAAGCUCUGCUGGCGUCGUGCGAGUUCGACUGCGUGAGCGAGAUGCUGACGAUCGCCGCCAUGUUGUCAGCGCCAAGCUGCUUCCUGGAGCCAUCUGCUGGCUUGACCCGCGAGGCGGUGCAGUGUCACAGGAAGUUCCAGCACCCCGAAGGCGACCACUUCACCCUCGUAAACAUCUACAACGCCUUCAAACAGAGCCAGAGGGAGCAAUACUUGACAGUUGAAAAGUGGUGCCAGGACUACUUCCUGGACUAUUCCUCCCUGAAGACAGCCGACGCCAUCAGAUCAGAGCUGACCGACACUCUGAACAGAAUCGAGCUUCCCAUUUCUGAACCCUCGUUUGGAACCAAGACCAACACUCACAACAUCAAAAGAGCUCUGCUGGCUGGAUUCUUCAUGCAGAUCGCUCGAGACGUGGACGGAUCAGGAAACUACUUCAUCCUGACGCACAAGCACAUGGCCCAGGUGCACCCGCUCUCCGGCUACGGGGCUCAGUCGCACAAGCUGGGCCUGCCGGAGUGGGUCGUGUUCAACGAGUACAACCUGUCCGAAAACAACUGCAUGAGAACGGUGUCUGAGAUUUCCCCUCAAGUGUUCAUCCAAAUGGCACCGCUCUACUUCUUCUACAACCUGCCCCCUAGUGAAAGCAAAGACAUACUGCAAGACAUGUUGGACCCGGAGGCGUCGAAAAAGGAGAAGAAACGACGAGCAGCAGCAGCCGCCGCCGUCGACAACGGCUGCACAGCGGUGACGCCGAGUUACGACAGAUGCGUGAUCCAGUGA